AUGGCCAAGACAGAGCCCAGAUCUGUGCAGAAAAGAAUUGCACCUCACGUAUUAAUCGAUGAUGAUAAUCGCAUUCAAAUUUUAAGUAGUAUUGAGCCGAUUGCAGAAGAAAUUAUUUCCUUUGAUAACAUCGUAAAUCUGACAGCUAAACUUAUGGAUAUUUCGGAUUUUGAACUCCGCUUAGUAAGGUUCUUUGACGCUUAUUGCAUAGAUUUAUUCUCCUUCCGAAAGGACAUGUAUGUCGAAAAUAUAUGGAGACGAUGUGUCCCAUAUUAUUUUUGUAAGAGUCCUUUAUUGAGGCAAGCCGUUUAUCUGUUUAGCUGCUUGAAUUUAUGGCCGUUAUUCGAUUAUGAAAAAUAUGGACAAGGUUCUCAUAUUACUAAUCUUGAUCUCGCGAGCCAAGGAAAGGUUUAUUUACGCAAAGGUUGUGAAGUCAGAAAGCCAAAUGAUGAUGAAAUAUACCUUAAAACAACAUAUUACUUCUUGAAUACCAUUCGAGAAAAAAAUAGUGCGAUUAAUAAGCUAGUUGGUUUUGAAAACGGAGCAUCCUCUCAUGAAACAGGAGAUUUGGCUGUAGAACUUUUUUUCACAUGCACUUUGAUAUUUUCAUUUCUCGGUAUUCACAGCCAUAGGUUGGUACCAUUAGUAUCUUUCAAUCAUGGUAUCAAAAAUGAUUUUCUUGGAGUUUGUCGAGGACUAUUAAUAACUAGGGACGUUUGUGAGAAAAGCUGUGGUGAAAAUCUUCAAAGAUUUUUCUGGACGACAAGAAGAGUAGCAGUCAACGGAACCAAAGAUAUAUCAAUAACUUCUUCUUUGGAUAAACAGCUUUUGGAGUACUUCAGCAGAGAGACAAUCAACAGUGCUUCAACCCUUAAACGCGAAUGUUUCACAGGUGCAAUUAAUGUUUUGAAUAGAGUGAUGUCCACUGCUAGUACGCUUAAUAAUCCAAUCCCUGUGUUUUCGUGGGUAUUAUUGGUUAAUCAUGAUUUAUUGAAUUAUAUUUGGUCGCAGGACUUUUUUGCAUUAAGAAUAUUGUAUGUAUACGCUUGUCUUUGCCAAAUAUCUCGGUUUCUGCUUAAUAUUUCACAAAAUAUGUGGGUUGACUAUAUCCUAUGGUUCAAAAACUAUAAUCAGAGUAAUUUCGGGGGAUGGAAAUAUGAUUUCGAUAAAGGGUUUUACAAUUUAAUAAAAUCUGAAUAUUUAAUAGAACACGGAAAUUUCGCUGUAUAUACUUCUUUGGACCCCACGGACCUACGCUAA